AUGUGGAAAACAAACGGAGCAUGCUUAGAACUUGCUUUGAGCAAGUCUCGAGUGACUUCUGAGGACGAGUCAGAUUGGAGCUUGUUCUACAGCCGACGUCGGCAUCCCUGCCCCCUGCCCCACCAGCAGGCUGGUCUGACGCCCGCCACAUCACAGCAGGGGCCCGAGCAGCCCGUGCACCCGCUCGCCCCUCGGCAGGACGAGGUGCCCGAGGUUGUGCACGCCGCACCGCAGCUGGGGGGCAGCCCGCCGACUCCUUCUCCCCCACCCAGGAACGGCUGCCCGAACGUACAGCACUGCGGCGUGCGCACCGCGCCACAGCCGGAGGGGCAGCCCGCCCCUUAUAACCCUCCCCCCCAAGACGGCAUGCGCACUGCACCACAGCUGGAGUGGCAGCCCGCCCCUCCAUUCCCUCCCCCCCGGGUCGGACAGCACCACGGUUUGCGCACCGCGCCGCAGCCGGAGAAGCAGCCCGCCCCUCCGUUCCCUCCCCCCCAGUUUGGACAGCACCGCGAGGUGCGGACCGUGCUGCAACUGGAGGGGCAGCCCGCCCCUUCCUUCCGGUCGGUCCGCCACAAGAGGGGGGGGGCGCACACUCUUUUUCCUCCACCCAGACUGGGCAGCCUUCCGACAUGCGCACCGUGCUGGCCACAAGCGGACGGGCAGGCCGUCCACUCCUCCUUCCCCAACCAGGACGGGCUGCCCAGGGUCGUGCGCACCGCGCCGCAGUCGGGGCGCAGUCCGCCCGCUCCUCUCCCCCCACCCAGGACGGGAGGCUGCCUGGUGUCGUGCACGUCACGCCCCAGUUGUAAGGGCAGCCCACCCACUCCUUCCACCAGGACGGGCUGUCAGAGACCACCUUGCAGGCUGCGGCUCGGGUGUCCCGCCGCAAAGAGCUUGCGACGAAGAGAAAGCGAGUUGAUCAAGGGAACAGCGCGCCUUCCAACUCCAUACAAACUCCAGAUAUACAUCUUCAACCCGACGUUGCAGCGCCAUAUCUUCAGCCCUCACCAACAUCCCAACCAUGCACCUUCGACUGCCACCAGCAAUCCGUGACCAGUCACCGACAACAACUUCAAAGUGGCCAGGCGCUCUCUUCUCGACAGGCUAAGAAUCAUUGAGGCGGCAAAGGAAUGAAAACCACUGCAGACAGCAGCCUGGUUGCGGCUUACCUAAAGUACAGUUACAGGUGCCCAAAAGCAUGAUUAGUAUUUGUAAAUACUAAUUUAUACGCCACACAAAUUAGGUGUACAUCAUCUGGUGACGGGGUUUGUUUUGGCUAUUUUAAAAACUGAUUGGAGCAUGAUUCUAAUGGAAUUUCAGUAUUUC